GUGGAAAAUUUCAAUAAAUAGACAUGAUGUUUUCACUACAUACACACACCAUCCGAGCUUAACAAAACUUCACCCUUUUCAUAUCUCUAGCAUUACAUAUUUCCUAAAUUCCCCUCGUUGCAAUGAACAAUUUGUGGGAUCAAAUUCGACGGUCUCACAAUCUAGGGUACUAUCUCGCCGACGGUAUUUAUCCUCGAUGGGCGACUUUCUUGAAAACUGUUCGAAAUCCUACACGCCCCAAGGAAAUCGAGUUUGCAAAGGCUCAAGAGGGGUAUAGGAAGGAUGUAGAAAGAUGUUUUGGUAUAUUACAGUCACGGUUUGGUAUUGUUCGAGGAGCUGCUCGUGGGUGGCAUAAAGAGGACCUUCGAUACAUUAUGUUGACGUGUAUUAUAUUACACAACAUGAGUGUCGAAAAUCAACGACCUGAAGAUAGCGAUGAUGAGUUGGAGUCCGAUGAUGAGGAGGAUAAUAAUAUGAGGCCCAGGAUUGCUGAGGUAUGGGAGGGACCAACCGGUAGAGACUUUGAUCCUGUUGGUAGAGAUGCUCAUCAUAUGAACGGAUUCAUGGACCGCUACCAACAAAUUAGAUCUGAGCACAGUCACUCCAACCUUCAGGAAGACCUCAUUCAACACUUUUGGGAAUUUCAAGGCAAUAGGCGUAUCUAGAUCUGCUAUUUGUGUGUGUUUUCUAUUAGUUUUUAUGUUUUUAAUUAUGUUUGUGUGGUUUCUACUUUAGUUUUAAUGUUUUUAAUUAUGUUUG